UUCAAUGCUUGCUUGCUUGGAUUGAGUGGAUUGGAACGUUCCAAAGAAAAGAAAGAAUCCAAUCUACAACCGCUCGUGUAAUGUCUCUAGUUUUUCUUGCAUUCGCUAUUCGUAGUGCUUGCUUGUAAAUGUUAGCGUUGUUUGAAAAUCUUCAAGGAAAUGAGUGUUGUUGAUAACAGUGCUAAAAUAAUCGAGAAGAAUAAACGCAAAUCAUGAGCGAAUUUGAUCAAAACAAAGUUUGUUAGUGAGAUGAAACGGACACUAUUUGUUCUGUGACCUUUUACAUCCUCCAAAAGUGUUAUGUAUCAAUAUGGUUACUAAACGGCUUAAUUGAAUAUUGUAGCCUUACGGGUUUGCCUUUAAAGUGUGGUUUAUUAGUUGGUGCUAUAAAUUUUACAAUGGGGCCGAAAAGGGCCCCGCCAUAAAAUUAUUAGAUCCUCUUCAGGCCGUCAUAAAACGAUUAUAGACUUAUUGAUGACAUCUACACGUAAAAUAGCUACGUCAGAGGAUGUCGAUGAGGCCUCUGUGCUCAGGGUGGUCGUCGAGCGAUGGUCGGACUGAAAGCGAUGCCAGGUGGAGUCGUGGUCGGUCCUCCGGAGGAUCGCGUGAGCGUCUCGGCGGGUUCAGCUAGUGAGCAGCCGGCUGUCGCGGCGUGUGAUGUGCGUGCGCGAUGUCAGGCAAGCCCGCGAGUGUGGGCGCGUGCGGGGCGGCAGGCGUGGCGGGCGCCGGCAGCCCGCGCGUGCUGGUCUACGUGGCAGACCGCCCGCGCCAGCUAGAGCCCGGCGCCGCGCCCCCGGACCCGCAGCCGCCCGACCUGCUCUACCUUCCUGACAACCUUCAACAACUGCCAAGAAAUUCUAUCUACAGGCCUCAAAUUGAACGGAAUGACCUGAGAAAUUCCUCAGGUGGUAUUUAUUAUAAGGCCAUCAAUGAUGCCAAUGGGAAAAUUGGUGUUUAUGGCACAAGUGACAACCCAGGUCAUCAGACUGAAUAUUUAUCACUAUCACAACAGUUUGUUAAAGAUCCUUGUUUGAAGGGUGAUGAUAAACCUAGUGACAGGACAAGUGGUGUUAAUGUUAAAAGGGACUCAACAGAACAAUUGUGUGUGGACUUAAAUAAUGCAGAUACUUUUCAGUCGAAGAUAUCUGCAGAAGCUGCAGAGUUGUUGACAUAUCAGAGUAGGGGUCAUGUGUCCGUAGGUGUUGACGGUGUUAUGCCUGUUCAUUCUUUUGCACUGCAUCAUGGGCAGACACAGUUCAAUGACAAUUUGAUACAGAGUGGUGAAAUUGUGAACAAUAGUGAAGAUGUGUCCAUUGGGAGGAGUUAUGUAAACUAUCAGUUGUUAGAACAAAGUGUGUCUCAUCAGUCCAUAGUGAAUCAAAGUAUUAGUAUACUGAAUCAGCAAGUAGGUGUGAGUAGAGUGGUCAAUGAGAGUGACAGUGGGAAUGGUGCUCAAUUGGUUCGCACAGCAGACGGAGUUGUGUUGGCGGUGUUGCCAUCAUCUGUGCUGCCACAAGCAGUAGACACAGAGCCUAAGAGUAUACAAAGUGACUCUCCGCAGACUAUAGUAGUGCCCUUAGGUUGGAGAAGAAUUGUGAAUGCAACAUCAGUGCUUUACAUUAGCCCUAGCGGGACGGCGCUCAGUGCAUUGCCGCAACUUCGAGAGUAUCUUCAGACUGCUGGUACAUGUAAAUGUGGAUUGCCGUGUCCCCUGAGACCGGAGACAGCCUUCAGUUUUGAUCCUAAGGUUAUAAGCAAGCCGUAUCAGCCGGCUUCAGGCGCGGAGUUGACCAAGCUGUGUAACCACAAGCGGAAACUGCUGGCGACGCUGCAAGCGCGCGCGCAGUCGCCUGCCACGCCGCCACCCAGUCAGACUGAACAAAAGAAAGUGGCCGGUGGGGAAGUAGCCGUGUUAAAGAAGAAAAUGAAGAAGCGACCUGGCUUCCCGCCAAACAUGAGCGUGUCUCCUUUAUUAAUGCAGAGGGAUGGACCCUUCAACGAGUUAAAGUCUCAAGACGUUGAUCACAACAGAACUGUAUCUCCCGGAGUGGGUCCUCAACGGAACAUACAACCCGGCAUGCCCUUCACGAUGCAGCAAACCUUACCGAACACCAGCCAAGAUGACGUCAAACACGAGGCACAAGUCCAGAGGAGUUCACACUACAUAACAGUCAACAGCGGAUGGAUUACACAACAGCAACAAGAAAGCCUUGACAGGCAAAAAUGUCAAACUCCCUCGAUCCCUAAUACCCCUCCUCUUAACGUCGGCAUGCCCGUUUUAGGCACCAACGGACAAAUCAUAGGUGUCAACACCGGCUUCAAUAAACAAAACGCCAAUUUCAAAAAUGUUAACGUCAUCCCUCAAAAUCAAGAUCAUAAGGAUGAAAAGAAAGAAGUGAAUCAUCAGAAUAAUCCCACCAAGUACUCAGUUAAACAAGAGGAGUCACAAAUAUUCUGUGGGUUAAACCAACCGUUGACGCCAGAGGUUAUGCAGAAAAUAAAUGAACAGCAGCAAAUAUUUAUUCAGCAGAAUCAAAAGCAAAUAGAAUUGGCUAUGAAAGGUUUCCGGACACAGCUAGCUGAUAACACAACGCAGAAUAGACCAUCGAAUCAAACUCCAUUUGUGCCUCAAGGCCAACUAGUCAUACAAAAUGGCGCGGUAGUAAAAACAAAUCCUGCUAAAACUCCACCCUGGCAGGUGAAACGAAAUGAUCCCAUAGCCAGUCCUAGUCCGAAGUCGCAAAAAUUAGAUAAUGCUGAUUAUGAAGAAGCAAACACAAACAUAUCAGAUGACUCCACAAGUUCGUAUGGCUCAUUCUCUAGUAAUGAACACAUGAUGAAUCAAUGUCCUCGAGUUCCCCCGCUGCCGCAGCAUUACAAUAUGAUCAACCAACAAUGGCCUGUUGCAGAUGUGAAUAAGAAAAAGGUAAAGAACAACAAUAAGGGAUCUAAAAAGAAAGUGGGUGCCACUGAUGGCAAAGUAAUGAAUUUUGGUAACAAUGGUAUGAGGAUUAUGCAAGAACCUAAAGCUGAUGAUAUUGCAAACAGCAAUGUGCCGUCAUUCAUGGACGACCCGAGUGGGUAUUUAGCACAGCAGACUGCUCUAUUAAAUAACACCAUCAAUAGACAAGUGGGAAUGAACUCAAAUCUAGACGGCAAUCGAUUCGACAAUAACUGCAACAACUGCUUCAACCCUCAAGGCCAGAUAGACAAAUCUGGCAAACCUCCUACAAAAUCUGAAAUGAAUUAUAGAAGUAAUCUAGUACCUAAUCCGUCACCAUCACCAAAUACUACACCUGACAGUAGUGUUUUAUUGGAGAAAACAAUAGAAAACCCACCACCGCGUUGUUACAAAGGACAGAUGCCAAUAAAAGGCAGUCCAGAUUUUGCCGACAAUCAAAUGAGGCUAAAAUAUAUGAAACAUACUAUGUAUAAAGGAGACUUGGAGGGCAAUAUAUCUAGUCCAAAACAUGGUUUCGAAGAUAAUCCUGUGACGUCCUCGACAUUUAUAGAGCGGAGUCCAGUCGUGAACGAGAACUGUGGACCGAUACAAGCGGGGACUGUGAGCACUAGCAACGUGUCACCCACUGAAACAUUACUACCGCCCGAGCCUUCCCCCACGUUAUCCAACAGUUCUCGAAAUACAGAUACUCCUCACAGUAACGGAAGCGGCAGCUCACAAAUGUCCAAUUGUACAUUCCCCAUACCGAGCCCAGCGUAUUCGAAUUCUUCUUCAUUCAGAGAAAACUUCAACAGCAAUCCCCCGACUCCCGGCAGUAAUCAAGCUUAUCAUUACAACUCUCCCGGACCACCCAACAAUCCAUCGAUAACUGGGACUCAGAUGAUGCACUUCAUUUCUAACCACAAUGUGAAUAAAAAUCUCAUGGAAGUGGACAACAUAUCAAUGGUUGGGGUUAAACCUGGGCUGAGAGCGCCGCAAGAAGUGUUUAGAGCAGAUCGAAGGCGAAUGGAAAAUACAAUGCCGGGGUAUUGUCCGCCACCGCAUUUAGGAGGAGGUCCCGCCCAUUCGCUGAUACAGGCGUGUUAUGUGCAAACUUUCGUGACCACUAUGGCGAGCGGAUUUUCUGUCACUCGCGAUACUAUGACGUCAGUAUUAGCCGGCAAAGCUAACACCGCCACGACAUCUAUCAACGCCUCUCAAGCAAAUUUUGUUCGACCACCGCCACCGCCUAGUGUUAAUUUAGCGACAACUUACGCCAUUCCAAACAAUCAACCGGAUCCUUUUAUAAACUCUGUUAAUUUACCGACAAGUUAUCCAUUGCACAUAGCCGGGACGACGGCGCAAAAUAUGAUAUCUAAAUCGCCUUUAGAAAUGGUCCAAAACGUUAUCGGCAGCUUACCUUCAAAGUUGGACGCGAAUAAUUCGCAACAUCCUGCUCAGACUCCCGUUAGAAGGGCGAUGUCCACCACUCCGGGGCAGAUUCUUAUAUCUUCAACUGGACAAAUAAUCGUGUCUAACAACCAGAUGCCGCCGCCACCACCGAAGACAACGACGGUGGUGUCUCCGGGACACAGUUCCAGUAUAGUGACGAAUGUCACUACUUCUAUCACACAAGGUGUCCCGGGAGUAGGAAACGUGCAGCCUAUCGUGAAUCAGCCCACAGUUGUGGUCAACACAUUGCCAACUCCCUUCGUAUUCCAACCCCCAAUGAUGGCUGUUGAUGGUCAAGUUGUGCAACAAAAUGCUGUUUUACCGCAGAUUGUCGCGGGAGGAAUCAUGCCCGGCCAAUCUCCUAGUGAAAGUCCGCGACCGAUGGACGUUAAAAGCGGACAAAACUAUGUACAGGGAGUGGCGAUGCUCUCGCCCGAAAGCCUCAAAAAGAGAAAUAAAAAGAAGAAAAAUCAACUGCCAAACAUCACAAAUGUGUUACAAAUUGCGGCUCCAUCACAAAAUCCUAACAACUUGAUGGUGCAUCACACGUCGCCGCAGCAUAACACUAGCUCUCAGUUUUCGCCGCGUGGUUUUCAGUUGUCACCUAACAAUAACAUCUCCCCAACUCCUGUUCUCCAAGCAUUAACUAUAGUCCCCGGGAAGUCGGGCACUCCGGCUCACAUAGUCAUGAACGGCCAAGGGAACACUAACAACUUCGGAUCUCAACAAAUAAUCACAAAUACGUCGCCAUCACAACAAAUAAAUUUAUUGCAACCGGUCAAUCUUAUAAAUAAUGCGAGUAGUGUUAUGCAGAAUUUCCCGUUCCAACAAUUUAUCGUGCCGAAUCUCGGCGGAAUGGUGAUGACAGCGGACGGCACGGCUAUCAUUCAGGACAAUUCAACAGGAAUGCCAGUGCAGUUACAAUUGCAAACUGUGAACGGACAAAAUGUUUUGACACCUGUGCAAAAUUCUGGAGUAUUCACAGCGGGCGCUAAUAGCGGAGUCGUUCUCAGAGCACAGAACCAGCAAGGGAAAAUAAUACAAUCACAGCAUAGUCCGGGGGCUCAAUUCUUGUCGCCCAACAGUCAAGUGAUGAUGAAUAGCCCUGGAUUCAACGGUCAACUCAGUCCGUUGCUGGCGAAUUUGAGUCCUACAAACGUGGCAUUCAACGCGAGCUCACAAGUGAGAUCGAGCAACGUGCAAGCGCAGGAGUUCAUUCAGACCAAUCAGAUGGGGCAGACGUUGAUGGUUCCCUUAUCGCCGAAGCAGGUUUCGAUCGCCGCCACGAGAAGUAAUUCGACAUUCGUUCAGCAGAAUACGACUAUAGUUCAACAGCAGACGACUUUGGUGUCCAACGCGCCCAGCGCGCAGCUGUCAUCUAAUUUGCAAGGGAACAGUUCGCGGAUGAUAGAUCCGAACGCGCUCCUCGCCCAGAAGCAAGCCAAGAGGAAUUAUAUGGAGCAAGAGGUCGACGAGGCGAAGGAUGAGAAAUUAGAUGAGUCGAAAGCGGGCGAGUUUCCUCAAGGAUACGUGCGGCACUCGGUGUCGACACAGACGUUCGGGCAGCGGAAGUCGCCCGGGCUGGCGGCGGGCGUGGGCUGCUCACCGCCCGACACCACCACGCUGAGCCCGCUGGGCCCGCUGGACCCGCAGCUGGGCCCGCCGGAGCCGGCGCUGGGCCCGCUGGACCCGCCGCCGGCCCCGCCGGCCGCGCGCGUGCCCCGCUGCCCGCAGCCGCACUACGCCGACACCACUACUCGCUCGCCUGAGCCGGACACUAAUUGCUCGGCUAUGGUCCAAUGUGUUUCGAGCAGCGAGCAAGACAUGGCCGAGUCCAGAGAACAAGUUUGGCCCGCCACUAGGAACGAAUUCAAUCCAGAUACUGAAACACAAGGCAUGAUGUCGAACGCGUCGCUGAUGCGUCAGUCUCGCGCCCACAACCCGGUGGAGUCCACUGAAAUGCAUUACAACCAAAACAUGAACGCUACUGCCAUGAACAACCAACACAUCAUGCCCGUGUCUUCCAACUAUUACGACCGGACACAGGGCUAUAAGAGAAAGAAUGAAUUCGGCGACGGUUCUAGCUAUAGGACGGAUAAAAUCAUGAGAACCAACUAUAGUAUGGUACACGGACUGCCAAAAGAUUCUGAAUAUGACAUGGGAAUUACAUCUGCAGACAAAAUUCAGCCGAGACAUUUCCCAUCGUCUGGGAGUAGUAGUAGGGAUAACCCUCCCAUACAAAAAGUAUUUGACAGACAUAACUUAGGGUCUGGUGACGAUGGGGGCGCGCCCGGGCGGCAGUUCGCGGUGGGGGACGUGGUGUGGGCGGCGGCGGGCGGGCACGGCAUGUGGCCGGCGCGAGUGGAGCGCUGCGGCGGGCGCGGGGGACGCGGCGUGCGCGUGCGCUGGUUCCGGGCGCCGCCUGCCGCGCCCGCGCGCGCGCACCUCGCGCCGCGACUGCUGCUCACGCUCAGCGAGGGGCUCGAGGCGCACCACGCCGCGCGCACCAAGCUCAGGAAGAGUAGAAAACUAAACACGCUUCUCGAAAACGCUAUUCAAGAAGCCAUGGCGGAGCUCGACAAGAAAAGUGAAAAAACAACAGAAAAUGUGGAUAAUGCAGAGGCAUCUGUAUCCGUCGCCUCCAUCGCCGAAACGCCCAAAAGAAGCAGGAAACACGACAAAAAGGGCAAAGAAAAGUCCAAAAAAAGUACUAACAAAGGAUCAAAGUCAGCAGACAGCACGAGGUUGCGGAGUUCUCGAUGACACUGGGACAUUUUGCACGAAGAUAGAGAUUUUCAAUUAAAUGACCAACUGGUAGCAACUACCUACUCAAUUGAUCACAACAAACAGCUGACAUCAAUAAAUGACAUGUAACUGUUAAAUUAAACUUUAUGUAAGUUAAAUAUCAUCUAGUUGUAGAAAGAGGCGCAAAUUAUUUAUUAUAGGACAGUAUAAAUGACAUUGUUCAUAAUAGUUUUUGUUGCACAAAUGCUCAAGAUUCCAAUCUUUGCCUAUAUAAUCCACGACCGUAAUGCACUUAUCAACUAAAGGUAAAUUCAUUCAAACUUGCCUAAAUGCGUAUAAAAUCCGACAUAGUAUAAGAAACAUUUUUUUAGCUUGUAAUGACAUCACAUGUUUUAUCAGUAUUUAGCAGUUACGUCGAGUAUUGAAGAAUAAACUAAUAUAGUAAAUACUUAAUAUGUAAUACACAAUGUCGGAUUGAGAUUUGCAAUCGAUUAACUGUGUAACUGAUAUGUGAUGAUUUAUCAUUCCAUACUCCAUAUAUUAAUUGGAAAUUCGUUGUUGAUUCAUGUUGGACGUCGUAGAUUCCUAAGAUGAAGGAAAUAAUGUUCAUUCAUACGUUGAGACAAUCAGUCUUGAUGACAAUCUAUGAUUGUCAAGAUAAAUUCGUUUAUGUUUAGAUUUACAACAAUAAUUUUAAAUCAUUGUUGUUUCUCAUUGUAUUGAUUAGGAAAUAAGUAGAUUGCAGUAAAUCUCAUGUUAUCCAAAUAAGUCGAAAAUACCCCUGUCAUCGAUAUAUUGUACAAUCGUAGUUAUCUGUAAAUUGAUAAGAAAUUAUGAUAUAUAUAUAUGUCGUGUAAAUUAAUGUGUUUUAUUAGAGAGUUAUAAGUAUAACAUGAUUUCUAGUCAAAAUAUUGAGCAUAUUAAAACAUAGAUAUUUAUAGACGAAGGUAAAUGACAAUAACAUUCGCCCGGCAUUUGUUGACGUCGCGUAUCUGUCAACAUUGUUUCGGUUACAUAUUGGAUAAGUACAGCAUAAAUAAUUAUUACUUUGGUACUUGUGUUAAUAUUCGCUUAUUUCUCAAGAAAAGCUAGUUUAUAGAUAGAGGUGGUUUAUACACAGGAGAUGGAUUUUUUAUUGAUUGAAUAUAACAUAGUUGCAGAAUUUUUAUACAUUUUGUACGUCAAUUCAGAUAAUAGGCCUAUCCUAUCAUGUUUUAAUUUAGGUCAUAACUGAAAUUUUUGAAGAUUUGUAAAGAGUAAUUUGAACAAAUAUUUUUUGUGAUAAAUCAAAAGACUCGAACCGGGUACAGUCAAACGUAUGCUAAACAUCACUGUAGGAAUCACAUAAGUACUAACCUUGUAUUAUUUUUUACAUAGAAAAUAAAUUAUCACUUUAAGUGUCGUUUUAAUACAUAAGUUAUUAUGGUACAAGGGAGAUUAUUUUAAAACAUUUCAGAAAUGCUUUUAAUCACAAUAUUCAAAUAACAUUUAGGGAUAAAGAUUUAAAAAAAUGUAGGUAGAAUGUUAACGAUAGUUCAUACCAUGAGUACAUUUGCUAGGUAAUUUGUUAUUGACGCUCGUUGUUAGAUAUUAUCAAUGUGCAAAAUUACUUUAUGUGAUCUUUGAUUAUGUCCGGUAAAAUAUUAUAUCAAGGAAUUAUCAUAGCUUACUGUUUUUAUAUUAUCGUAUUUUAACCUUAGAGAUUCCACUUAAAACUCCUAUAAAUGUGACUCCAAAAUAUCUAAAUAGUAUUUAAUGUUAAAUGGAUAUUGUUUAUUAUAUUGAUAGUCAGAUAACACUUCUCUAUGAGAUGGUAUUAUGUACAUAAUCUUAUUGUAGUUAUGUAUAGUAUUUUAUUUCAAUGAAAUUAAUGUUUUAUAGACUAAUAUACAACAUAAGAUUAUUUAUUUGUUUUGCUGUGUACAUAUUUUUUUCAAUAAAAUGUACCUGUUUUAUUUAAA